AUGUAAAAGAUAUUUUUGUGACGAAAUCAUUCUGGGUUAAAGGACAAACUUUCGCUAACCAGCGGGUUAACCCAUCAACCAAUCUGAACCAGGCAUCAUGGCGGAUUGGGAUCACAUUGGAACGAUCGGGGACGACGAUGACGUCGCGUUAGCUCCAGAGAGCUCCGAUAGCGACGAAGAUGAGGUUAUACCAAAGCCCAAAAGGAAGAGGGGGAAUAAAAAGAAGAAUGUUGAUUUCACGGAGGAGUUCCAGUUUGAGGAGACAGAACUGGACGUGGAGGACAGCUGGAACUAUGAGAUAGAUGGACUGAAGCACAAGGCUGUGGCAACCACACUAGAUGAGAAGAUAGCACAAAUCAGAAAAGAAAGGAAGAAAAGGAAACAUCAGCAAGUGGAGGGAAAAGAGGAAGAAAGUACAGAGAAAAGACCAGCAAAGAAGGCCUCUAAAACUUUGGUUGAGAAAGAGGGAGAAGAUUCAGAUGAGGACAAUGAUGAUGAGGAGGAGGAGGAGGACAAUGAUGAUGAUGAUGAUGGUAUAGAAAUAGUGGAAGAAGAUGAUGAGGAUGAAGAAGAUGAUGAAGAUGAGGAUGAAGAAGAAAAAGAUGCAGAAAGUGAUAGUGCAGAGGAAGAAGUCUUACAACAGGAACCAGAGGAUGAGAGUGAAGAAGAAACAUCCUCUGAUGAGGACACAAUAGCAGACAGAAUCAGGAUAAAAGAGAAGAAGACAAAGAAGAAAAGGAAAGACAACAAAGUGAAUGAGGAGAAUGGUGAUGACUCUGAGGAAGAAAAUCAGACCUUCUUUGUGGAUGCCCCGCCCCUUGAUGAGUCCAUAACCUUCCAAGACAUGAACCUAUCAAGACCUCUGGUUAAGGCCAUUUCCCAGAUGAAGUUCCACCAUCCGACCCCCAUUCAGAAGGCUACUAUCCCCGUAGCCCUUCUGGGUAAGGAUGUGUGUGCCUGCGCUGCCACUGGGACAGGUAAGACAGCUGCAUUCAUGCUGCCAGUCCUGGAGCGUCUGCUGUACAAACCUCGGCAGGCGCCCGUCACCAGGGUACUGGUGCUGGCCCCCACCCGCGAGCUGGCCGUGCAGGUGCACCAGGUGUCGCGGCAGCUGGCACAGUUCACCAGUGUGGAGAUCAGCCUGGCAGCAGGUGGACUGGACAUCCGGACCCAGGAGGCGGCCCUGCGGCUGGGGCCGGACGUGGUGAUAGCCACGCCUGGACGUCUGAUUGACCACCUCCACAACACGCCUUCCUUCGACCUCAAGAGUAUAGAGGUGCUCAUCCUGGAUGAAGCUGACAGAAUGCUGGAUGAGUUUUUUGAGGAACAGAUGAAUGAAAUCAUCAGGUUAUGUGCCAGGAAGAGACAGACCAUGCUGUUCUCUGCCACCAUGUCAGACCAGGUGAAGGACCUGGCAGCUGUGUCCCUAGAGAACCCAGUGAAGUUGUUUGUGAAUGAGAACACCGACGUGGCCUUUAAUCUGCGUCAGGAGUUCAUCAGGAUACGUCCCAACAGGGAGGGGGACAGGGAGGCCAUCAUUGCAGCCCGGACGUUCCACGACCACUGCAUCGUGUUUAUCCAGACCAAACUCCAGGCCCACCGCAUGCACAUCAUCCUGGGACUACUGGGACUCAAUGUGGGGGAGCUGCACGGGAACCUCUCACAAACACAGAGAUUAGAGACUUUGAAAAGGUUUAAGGAUGCUGAAGUGGAUGUCCUGCUGGCUACUGACCUGGCUGCUCGAGGUCUGGAUAUACAGGGGGUCAAAACUGUUAUCAACUUCACAAUGCCAAGCACUCUGAAACACUACAUCCACAGGGUGGGCAGGACUGCACGAGCGGGCAAGUCUGGAAGGGCUGUCACAUUGGUGGGUGAAAAGGAGAGAAGAUACCUGAAGGAUGUGGUGAAGAAUGCCAGGAACCCUGUGAAGAGCAGAGUUGUACCUCAAGAGGUUAUCCUGAAGUACCGUGAUAAGAUAGAGAAGAUGGAGAAGGAUGUGGCGGAGAUCCUGCGACUGGAGGCUGAGGAGAAGGAGAUGGCUUCUACUGAGAAUAAGAUGAACCGUGCACAGAACAUGUUGAACAGUCCAGACAACAUGGCCCAACAGAAGAGAGGCUGGUUCCAAACUCAUAAGGAACGUAUGGAGGAGAAAGCACGCCUGGCCUUGGGAGAACCCAUCGCUAAGGGGAAGAAGAAGGGAAAACAUGUCAAAUCAGCUCCUCUCAAUGCUGAAGACCGUGUGCAGUUGGAGAUGCAGAAGGCCCAGGACUUUGCCUUGAGACAGGCCAAGAGAGCCAGGAAACCCAAGAGGAUCAAGGCCUUCUAUGAGAAGGAGGAGGGGGCAAAGCCUGCUAAGAAGAUGAAGAAGCAGAACACAGGGCCCAAGUCUACCUUUGAUAAGGAGUUGGUGGACACCAGUAGGAAAGCACUGAAGAAGUUCAGGGCAGGGCCUUCUUAUGAAGACAGGAAAAGACUUGGCAUGUCUAUGAAGUCUAAAGGAAACUUCAAGUCCAAAAAUAGGUUCAAGAGAAGAUGAGAAUGACUACUGGAAAGAACAGUUGUAAGAGGAACAGAAGAAGUGUUUAAAAUCUGUACUGAAAUCUGGGCACUUGAUUGUGUACAGAUUAUUCUUCUCUCAGAUAAUGUAACAGUAAUGCCAGCUGUUUAUGGAAAUAAAAAAGUAUGUCAUUGAAUAUGAUCCACCAUACAUGUAUGAUAUGGUAUGAUGGAAAAGUUCUGUUGAUUGUCUUUAAUGAUCGAUAACCUAUGUAUGAAGUGUCAAAUCUACAUUAAAACUAGAUUGCAAGUUU